UUGUGCAACUUCAGGGUUCGUGAAAAGCUUAAUGCUUUACUAGAAAAGGGUUCGGCGGGAGGUUCCACAAAGCUAUCCAUAAAUGAUUUCAUUGUCAAGGCAUCUGCAUUGGCUUGCCUUCGUGUACCUGAGGCCAAUAGUUUCUGGAUGGAUACUUUUAUUCGCCAGAAUAACAAUGUUGAUGUUAGCGUGGCUGUGAGUACACCAUCGGGUUUGAUCACUCCGAUCAUUUUCAAUGCUCAUGCAAAGGGUCUUGCCACCAUCUCCAGCGAAGUGAAGGAGCUGGCAGCUCGUGCAAAGGAGGGCAAGCUUCAGCCACAGGAGUUUCAGGGCGGUACUUUCACUGUUUCGAAUCUCGGCAUGUUUGGUAGCGUCACCGAUUUUACGGCUAUAAUUAAUCCUCCCCAGUCAUGUAUUCUGGCUAUUGGUGGAGCAGAGACGAAGAUGGUUCCAUGCGAAGAAAAUGGGCGAUUUUUCAUUUCCAGAUAUCGCAGCGUCAAGGUGAUGAAAGUUACCUUGUCGUGCGAUCACCGUGUCGUUGAUGGAGCUGUGGGAGCCGUCUGGUUGCGUCAUUUCAAAGAAUUCCUGGAGAAGCCACACACGAUGCUUCUUUAG